ACGCCCCGUCACGUGUUCCAGCGGGCGGGGUCGCUGUCUCUUGGCUUCCGUCACGUCCGGUUCUCUGUCAGUUGCAAGCGAGCGAGCACUGGGCUUUUUGACUCCAGGAGCGGAGCAAUGCCUAAAUCAAAGGAACUUGUUUCUUCAAGCUCUUCUGGAAGUGAUUCUGACAGUGAAGUUGACAAAAAGUUAAAGAGAAAAAAGCAAGUACCUCCAGAAAAACCUGUAAAGAAGCAAAAGACUGGUGAAACUUCAAGAGCUCUGUCAUCUUCUAAGCAGAGCAGCAGCAGCAGAGAUGAUAACAUGUUUCAGAUUGGGAAAAUGAGGUACGUCAGCGUUCGAGACUUUAAAGGGAAAGUCCUAAUUGAUAUUAGAGAAUAUUGGAUGGAUCCAGAAGGUGAAAUGAAACCAGGGAGAAAAGGUAUUUCUUUAAAUCCCGAGCAAUGGAGCCAGCUGAAGGAACAGAUUUCUGACAUUGAUGAUGCAGUAAGAAAACUGUAAAAUCAGAGCCAUGUAAAACCUGUACUGUUCUAGUUGUUUUAAUCUGUCUUUUUACAUUGGCUUUUGUUUUCUAAACGUUGUUUUCCAAGGUAUUGUAUAUUUGGAUUGCAAAACAUUUGUAAGAAUACUUUUUUUUAUGUGCAUUAUUAAAAAUGUUCUGAGUGAAGCUAAUUGUCAACUUUAUUAAGGAGGAUUGCUUUGUGCCCACCACCUAGUGUAAAAUAAAAUCGAGUAAUACGAUCUUAACUGUCCUGGCCUUCUCUGAUCAGAAGAGUCGAUACGGUUUAAGGCCAAAAGCUAACAGCUCAUAAACAUUUCAUUUCAACUUGGCUUUUACAUUCAAAAGAAUUUGUAUUGAAAUGAUAAACUUUUGAUUUGUGAAAUCCAUAGUUGAUCUCUUUUCUUCCAACCACUGUCUAGACUCUGAUUUUUCUACCCCAUUGAUAGUUUACUUUUCCGUUUUCAUCAUUACUUCUUUUAAUAACUUGUCAUAUUUAGUUUUCAUUUUACAUUUUGCUCUUUUUCUUGAAUAUAUUGUUAAUCCGGAAAGUCAAUGAAACUGUCAAAAUGUUAGUUAUCUUAAUAAGGUACUUGUAAUUAAAAUACUAUAUGAGAACUACAAUCACUAAUUCUACUGUAUUAAAUAUUAGGAGAUAUAGUUUGAUAAACAACAUGGCUUGUAUGAAAACUCUGAGCAAGUAAGUGUAUGUCAUUUCCUGUAGUGUUCUGUGUAGUUGUUAUCUUAUUGCUUAGUCUGCAAAAAAUGACUUAGAUGUCUGAUUUGCUUUCACUUAAACAUGUUCAUAGGAUGAUGUCUCUGGUAUCAGAUAUUGUUAAAUUAGACUAGGAUUUAAUAAAAAUUGUGAAAGCUUACUGGCCUAACAUUUUAUUUUAAAACACUGAGUAUGGAUUAUAUAUAGCCAGAGAUGACACUGAGCUUUACUGUCAUAAUAGAUAAUGUGGUCAGUUUUUAGAGGCAAGAGCAUUUACUUGUGUUAUUUGGCUUUUGCUUCAGUAGCCUUGGUUCUUUUGCAGUUAAUCUACUGGACUUAAAUGUUAACUAAGUUUUAGCAGUUGUUCUGAUACGAUUUUCAUUGACCCAUAAUUACGAAGCAGACACAACACAGACAGAGGCACAGAUUUCAGGGGCUUUGCAGCAAUAAAUAGGGUGUGGUGUGCCUUAGGAAAAGAAUGUUUGUAAGGGAACUGUAACUGAAAUUGCAGAAAGUAAAGACGAGGAAAUUCUUUUCAAACUAAACGAUACACAUGACAUUUUCAUCACAUUGAUAGGACACAAGUCUGUAUAGACUAGUAAAAAGGAAGGUUUAAAGACGUAAAAAAUCUUAACAAAUUAUUUUUUAUUUUUGGUAACUGAUCUCAGAUGGUUACUGCCAUAUCAGAGAGUUGCACUAUUACAUCAAGUUUUAUUACUAUGCCUGGAACAUUUUAUAGUAGAAUUGUCGAGGACUUGAUUUCUAAACCAUCUGCCAGACCACCUAUAAUUAUCAGUUUAUCUGGCAGCUCUUCUGUUUUAAGUAUUUAAAAUUUUGUUUAGAUUUUUUUAGUGUUUUUUAGCAGUAACUCUUAUAGGUGCAUAACUGGGGAAGUAAAUUCUCUUUUGAUAUUUUAGUCUUCAUCAAAUAAUAGGUACUAAAGUGUUCAAAAUAACAUUUUAGACAAAUCAUACUUCAUUAAUAGCUUUCCCCGUUUUUUGAAACGUGUCUUAUUAAUUGGGAGAUCUGCAAAGUAUUCCUUAUCUAUAUAGAAAGAGUAGGUAGUUAGAAAACAGAACUUUGAUUUUGGUGUAGAUGGAGAGAGGAUAAUGGUUAGAUUUCCUAGGUUUAUAUGAAUUUAAGGAGUGUAUGCAUUCUGAAACAAUCUAACAUGGAUGGAGAUGGUGCUGAAACCUGUAACCUAGGCAUUUUCUAGAUGUUUAUCUUAUGUCAUUAAACCUUCGUAAAAUGAACAUUUCUCUGGCAGAAUUUGAUAAGUUGACUGCUAAAUUCAUUUAAAUAUAUUACUGGUUAUGCAAUAUAUAAAAACUAUUAAUCUUUUUUGAGUGUAGGAAAGGAUGAGAACUGGGUUAAAAUAAGAGUCAAAUUAACUUGUACUGAAAAGAAAAUAUAGGAUACUUUUGUUUUCUGUUUAAACUUUAUCUUCUUAAGAUUUCUUCAGGAAGAAAGUUUGGCAUUGUGGGGCAGUCGUUUCUUACCUUGUAAUGCCAAAAUGAAUUUAAUUAAUGCCAGUACAUUAAUUGAAUGUACUCUGUAGCGGGGCUUUUCUAAUGGGAUUUUAUUCUUUGUCUUUUAAAGUACAAGCAGCAUUAGACCAAUAUCCAAUGCUCUUGGCAUUUUAUUAAAAGAACAACCACUAAAAAAUAAAAACUAUAAUUUGAUUAUUUUGUUUAGCUUCAUAAAAUAAACUUCUUUUAAAGAAUAUUCCUACCUCAUUAGCUAGUCAAGAUCCUGUGAUGAUCAACCUAUUCUACAUAACGUUUUUGGGAAAAAAAAUGACUUAAUGAAAAUAAAAAAUAUGUACAUCUUGGUCUUGGCUAUUGAGGGGAAAAGAAAACUGAGAAUUAAGUAUUUCUGACAGAAGUAUGUAAAAGUUUGAAAUAGUAAGAAAAUGCUGGCUGAUAUUUAGGCAUCUGUCCUGAUAUUCUUUGCUAUUCACUUUUUAUGGAAAUUAAUUCAGUGAAACAUCCAAGUGGUUUUUCUGUGUUUUUUUAAAGUGGUGUUUUUCCAGAUAAACUCUAGGGGUAAACAUUCACAUAGUCACAAAUGUAAUUCUGUAAUUGUGGAAUACCUGUAUGCUUUGUUUGGUACAUCUUCCAUGGAGAUGUCAAUGAACAUAAUACUCCAUCUGUGAAUAUUUUAAAUAUUGAAAUAAAAAUGAGAACUGUG